AUGGCAUCCUUUCGGGUGCUUCGUACUAAGUACGCCUCCCUCUUGCAACAAUUUGCAGCUUCUGCAAAAGAUUUAGAAGUCCUGACCAGCGUCUCUACCGAGCGAAAUUCUCCCGCAAAGACCCUUUACGUGCUGGACUCGUCAUUCAAUCCCCCAACAUGCGCCCAUCUCCGCAUUGCCAGCACAGCCCUUUUGGAACGACUCGACCCAAGCUCCCGACUACUCCUUCUUUUAGCAACGCAGAAUGCUGACAAGGCGACCAAACCCGCACCUUUCGAGGACCGGCUUGCCAUGAUGGAGCUAUUCGCGCACGACUUGCGCACACACCUGGCAAACACAAAGGCAAACAUGGCCUCUUCUGAGCCCACCGAGGAAAUGAAGAACAUUCCCUCAAUUGACAUCGGCGUGACGAAAAAGCCUUACUUUGUUGACAAGGCUGCAGAAAUUGAGGCAUGCGAUUUCUACCCUACUCCGCUUGAACAGGUCCAUCUUACAGGAUACGAUACGUUGAUCCGUAUCCUCAACCCCAAAUAUUAUCCUCCGGAGCAUAACUUGAAGCCUCUUAUUCCUCUCUUCUCGCAACAUCGAUUGCGUGUGACGUUGCGACCGAGUGACGAAUGGGGGAGCAAAGAAGAACAGCGAGAGUUCGUCGACAGCAUUGCUCGUGGUGACAUGGAGAAGAACGGCGUCCGCAGGGAAUGGGCACAGCGGAUCACACUUGUCGAGGGAAGGGCUCCUGGUGCACCUUCUGUGAGCUCUACAAAAGCACGGCAGGCAACACAGUCUGCUAUAGAGGAUCUGGAUUGGCUUGUUCCGGAGAACGUAAGGCAGUUCGUUCUGUGCGAAAAGCCGUACUCUGAAGACGCUAAGAUCUGA